AUGGGGGAAGAAGAAAAAAAACCUAAUUCAGUCUACAUAGUUGCCGAACUGGUGGAAGACAUACUCCUCAGGCUGCCAUUGAAACCACUUUUCAAAUUCAAAGCCGUCUCAAAACAAUGGAAAUCAAUACUGGAGUCCAAGAUUUUCGUGGAGAGGCGUAAGAGUGUUCAAAAGAAGCCCAAAAUCCUGGCUGUCGGCGAUUCACUUUUCCAAGGAGACGCAGAGAUCGACGUUGACUAUUUACAAAGCAAUGAGGUCACCACACGACCUUCGUUGACAUGUGACGGUUUGGUUUGCAUCCCUGUUCCAGAUUGGGUCUACGUUUUGAACCCUUCCACCAGAGAGUUCCUUCGAUUCCCUACCGGCCCCUACGACUAUGGGGUCGAACUCGUUCCCCAAGCAUGGCGUAACAUAUUCCCUGGAUAUUGGGCGAUGGGAUUCGGUAAGGAUGAAGUUGAAGGGAGCUAUAAAGUAGUGAGGAUUUUAUAUGAUUUCAACUUUUUCGAGAUUCUUGAUGUGAACAUUGGGGAAUGGCGGAAACUUAGCCCGUCCCCUUACAAGGUUGAACAGACAAGGAAGUCGGCGUGUGUGAAUGGUUCCAUCUACUGGUUAGACAUGAGGCAUAGAUUUAAGAUACUAGCUUUGGAUCUUCACACAGAAGAGUUCCGGGAUGUCUCUGCACUUCCGCCUCUUAGAUACACCGCUGCAUCUCAGUUAGUGAACCUUGAAGACCGUUUAGCCAUUAGCGACACAUGUUUUAUACUUGAAUGGGCAAUGGAGAUAUGGGCCAUGGAUGCACAAGAAGAAUCUUGGACUAUGACUCACUUCAUAAGUUUAUCCACAGUUAAGUGCCCAACAGGUUAUUGGACAAGGUGGUUCACCCCCGUGGCUGUUUCUAAGGAAGGGAAUCUUUUCUUACAUGACAGUGGGAAGAGGUUGCUCAAAUAUUAUCCACAUACAGACUACCUUAGUUGCGUCUCUUCAGACAUUUCUUUUAUAUCUCCUUUCGAGGAAAAUCUAGUCCCACUUGGUUCACAACCAGAAUGUGUUGCGAAAAUCAGCACAUCUGGCGACCAAUAUGGAUUUAGCUAUUUACCACCAACAUGUGUUCCAGAUAUCAUCAGCGCAGAUGGGUGCCAAUCCCGGACAUCUAGUAUUUUCGGACGAUACGAGUUGCUGAUCCCACAUAUUUUGCUUACCUCUGCUCUAGUCUCUCUCAUUAUUUUUCGUUUUAAAUAUUCUACUUGA